UCCUUCUCUACAUUGAUAGCCCACCACGAUAAUGAUGCAAAGAUACUCGGUGGUGAUGGUGGGAAAUCGGGGAAGAGGGGAAGUGGAUCGCGAGGGAGGUUCGACGUAGCAUCGGCGCGGCAAUAUUCACGGUUCAGUUUAACGUCGCCGACAAACAGCCCGUCACGUGAAGAGCCGUCAUCAUCAACUUAUCGAAUGCCGCCCCCUCAAGCGGACUGUUGUGCUUGCCUCGGGGCUGCUGUUCGAUGGUGUUUUGGAGUGGACCCUGCAGGGAAGGAUGUAUUGAAUCGACGGGAUCGUCGGCUUGUUGCUCAACAUGAGAAAUUGGGCCUGGUAGGGGAGGGUUUACUCGACGCACCGCCUCCACCACGAUUAGAGCAUUCCAUCACAGAUAGGGUGAGGGAUCAGGUAUACGAAAUCCAACGGCAACGAAGUGAUCGGACAAGCUUUAUCAAUCCCGGGAUGUAUGGCAACAGUCUCGGAGGAAUGCGAUCACCAUCGGGAGCUGUGGAUGCGGGCUUGGACCAUACCGAUAUCAUUAGCCUUAGACUCAAGCUCGACCCAACUAGAAAGGUUACGUCUAAGUAUAAAUGGACGGGCAUCCGUCUGGGGAAGGGAGGAUACGCUUCGGUGUAUGAGGUUCAUGAACGCUCUACAGGGGCUAGAAGGGCGUGUAAAAUAAUAUCGAAGAAAAGAGUCGAGGAUUUGGAAUUGUUGGAGAGGGAGUUGCAGGUUCUUAUCAGCUUGGAUCAUCCGAACAUCAUAAGGAUGCUCUCGUGGUAUGAAUCGGAUAAUAAUCUGUACGUCAUAAUGGAGUUGUGCGAGGGCGGCGAAUUGUUCGACGUCAUUGACAAGAGGGAGGAGCUUUAUUCGGAUCAUCUUAUAGGAUCCAUAAUCCGCCAGAUCUUCCUUGGAGUGGCCUAUCUGCAUCAAGCUGGGAUAGUCCAUAGAGAUUUGAAGUUGGAAAACUGCCUGUUUAAAAAUAAGGACAUGCGCUCCUGUGUAAAGUUGAUCGACUUUGGUCUUGCUGGCUUGAAGCCUAUGUACCACGAUAAGCCCUGGUUGAAGGACGUUCUAGGUACUGCCCUCUACAUGGCACCAGAAGUUAUAUCAGAUAACACCUAUUAUGAUGAGAAGUGCGACUCAUGGUCUGUUGGGAUAAUCAUGUAUAUUAUGCUUACUGGUCAACAUCCCUUUUGGACACCUAAGAGUUUAAGUGAUGAGAGGGAGCUAUUCCAUAGGGUUAAGACUAUGGAACCUGAUUUGACUAAGAUCCCAAGUAAACCUGCGGCUGAGUUGGUUGGCCUACUGUUACAGAAGGAUCCUUCUAAACGGCCAUCAGCUAGAGAGGCGUUGAAUCAUCCCUGGCUACGACAACAUGAGUUUUACCCAGCAUAUNNNNUAAUGCGCUUGAGAAAGAUAUAG